UCCUGCGCCACCGUAGCUACGUACAAAGCAGCGGGCGCGUACGUAAAGCUAAGCUAACUUCAGUACUUAGAAUAAUAAACAUAUAUUUUUAAGUAUUAGAAAGUGUGUGUUUCAAUGGAAAGUGCUAAAUACGUGUCUCAGAAAAUCAGCAAGACGAGAUGGCGUCCAGUCUCGUAUUCGUCUUUGCAGCAGCCCGAUAUAUUUGCGAUUGGAUCGUGGGACAACGAGGAAAACAAGGUUUCUGUUUGGUCCAUUGGGAAUCUAGGCAGUUCUGGUCUGGAAGAUGGAUUUGAAGGAGACCCGCAGCUCAUCUGUGAACAUGAGCAUUACGGAGAUGUUCUUGACCUCCAGUUUUUGGACCAAGAGAGAAUCGUCACAGUGUCAUCUACAGGAGCAGUUACCAUCUUCCGCCAUGAUCAAAACAGUCAGACAUUGUCCAUUUGUAAGCAGUGGGCUAGAGCCCACCGUUACCCGUGUGACAACGCUCCCAGCACUGGAGUCGCCUGCAACAGUCCUGAAAUCGUAACGGUCGGUGAGGACGGCAGGAUUAUUGUGUUCAGAGUCGACCAGGAAGCAGUGGUUCGAGUCAUUGAGAACGCAGACAGCAGCACGCUUCAUGCUGUGACUUACCUGAGGACAACAGAGGUUUUGACAGUGAACUCCAUCGGCCAGCUGAAGCUGUGGGACUUGAGGCAGCAGAGCAACUCGCCAUCACAGAUUCUAUCUUUGUCGAGAGAUCGAGUGCCUCUUUACUGCGUUGACAGACAUCCGAACCAGCAGCACAUCGUGGCGACAGGAGGCCAGGAUGGAAUGCUCUGUGUCUGGGAUGUGAGACAAGGAAACAUGCCCUUCUCUCUCAUGGAGGCUCACUCAGCUGAAAUGUGGGAGGUUCACUUCCACCCUACGAACCCCGAUCACCUGUUCACGUGUUCAGAGGAUGGAUCUCUGCUGCACUGGGAGACUUCCUCCCCGUCCGAGAUGCCCUCCUUUUUACAAGGCGGCAGGAACAGCAGCAUGACGUCCCGCAGCGCCAUGGCGCCCGCCGGAGGUAUCCAGUCCAUCAUCAGCGCCUGGCUCUAUGGAGACUCCAGUAAAUCCCGGCUGGAGACGACGCACAUGCUGCCCAGCCAGACGCUGUCUGUGAACAGCUUGGACAUGCUCGGCCAGUGUCUGGUCUGUGGGACUGACGGAGAGGCGAUUUUUGUAAACAGGCAGGUCCCAGUUUAACAGAGCUGUUUGUGUGUGCAAAAAAAAAAAAAAACAUGUUUUCCUCAUUUCAGGCACAACAGAGCCUGGAGUUCAUUUAUUGUCUCUCUGUUAUUGUAUUUUCAUAAUAAAAGAUGCCAAAACACUGGAUGGGAACCUUUUCUUAAUUAGUGUGCAUGGCAAAUUCACAUUUGCAGUGACUGAUUAUUAUAAAUUAAAGAUUUUUGUACACCAUUUCAAAGACAAAUAAAUUUUGUACAGAUGCAUUUAAAACUGAGUAAAUAAAAUGACAAAC